CUAUCUAAUAACUCAGUCACACCACUCUAGAGGAAUACCAAUACAAGUUUAUAAUAAUAUCAUAUAUGUGUCUUAACCAUUUAAAGUCUAAAAUAAUUAUGUUUAGUAAUUAACUAAACUAAAUGAUAAUUCAUAACAAAAUUUACCCCAUUCUUAGGCAUCUGUGAAUUAGAACACAAUUUUCAUGAAUUCUCAAUAGUAAUAACAUGAAAAUAAAAGAUGUUAAGAUUAUUAGAAAUAAAAAUAGAAAUAGAAAUAGGAAUAAUAAAGUUAGGGAUAAAAUAGUCAAUAAAAUGAAUUUUAAAAUAUAUAAAAACCAUAAGGUUCACCAACCUAGUAAUAUCCAUAAUAAUAAAAUUAAACACAAUAAUAAUAAAAGCAUGUAAAAACAGAAGAAUAAUAAUUAUAAAAUAAUGAAUAGCAAGAUUAAGCAACUUAAAAAACAUAAGAAUAAUAAUAGCAGCCCUAAUAAAAAUAAUAAUAUUAAAAUGUAUAAGAAAAGAAAGGUUAAUCAACUAAAAAUUAUUACUUAGUAAAAGAAAAUGGAAAAGUUGAAUGUUAAUAUUAAUAAUAAAAUUAAAAAUAAGGAUAGCAAAAUAAAAAUACUUAAUAAUAACCAUAUUAAAAAUAAGAAUAGUAAAAUAUAUCAACUGAAUAAUAAUAAUAAUAGCAACACUAAUAACAAUAAAAUUAAAAUUAUGAUUAAAAUCUAUCAUAACAUGAAUAAAAUUUAUUCAAAGUUUAAUCAACUUCGUAAUUGCCAUAAAACAAACUCACAAACUAAAAAUAAUAAUAGCAGCAAUAAUAAUAGCAAUAGCAACAGGAAUAAUAAUAAAAAUAGCAAACUAAAUCAACUGAAUAAUAAUAAUAACAACAUGAAUAACAAUAAUAAUAAUAAGGAUAAGUAGAAUAAUAAUAAUAAAAAAUAUAAGAAUAGUAAGGUUAAUCAACUUAAUAAUAGCAAUAAAAAGAACAAUAAUAAUAGCAAUAGUAAUAAGAAUAGUAAUUAUAUGAAGAAAAAAAAGGAAAAGUAGAAUAAUUAUAAGAAACAAAAUAAAAAUAGCAAGAUUUAUCAACUUAAUAAUAACCAUAAUUAAAAUUACAUUCAGAAUCUAAUGAGUAAGAUCAAGAAGAAUAAAUAUAUUGGAAUAAAAGCUAAGAAGAUCUUUAAAAACAGAAUAAAAUUUAAGACCUUCUGGAAAGAAAUCAACAUCGAUAAUAAAUAACUUACUAAAUUUUAUUGGAAAUAUAUAAAAAUUCUUCUAAUUUGAGGGCAGUUUAAGAAUAAUAUUAAAGAUAUAUCUAAGAUUCUCAUGAUAAAAAUGAUUUAAUUAAAGAGUAUAGUAUCAAAAAGUUAGCAGAUAAAAAAUAGUUGUAUACAAUUUGUCAAGGUUAUAUUUAAGUUAGAGGAGAUGGUAACUGCUUUUAUACUGCUUUUGGAUAUUAAUUCUUAAACCAUCUAUUAAUUACAUAUUAAGAUGAAUAAUUCAAUUAAUUUAUUCAAAACAUAAAACAUAUUAAUUUGAGAUGUAAAAUGCAAGUUAGAGGUUUAAAAAUAGAUGAUUUGGAAUUAGAAAAAUAAUUUUUGGAUGAAUUCAUAUAUUAAAUCUAAUAAUUGAGAAUCAUUAAAGACAUUGAAGAAAGAAAACAAAAGUUAUUAAGCUCUUUUUCACAAUAUGAACUUUAACCAGAUGGAGAUGCCUUUUUAUAUACAUUAUCAACUAUAUUCUUUAGAAAUCUUAGUUAUUAUCUUGUUGAAUAAGAUGAUGAAGCAAAAAUGUUAAUUGGUGAUGAGUAAAACAAUUUAUUGAUUUGGGAAACGGAAUGUAAUAGUAACGAAAUUGUUAUUAAGCUAUUAGCUAUCUAUUUAAAAUUAAAUAUUACACUGAUAUUUUUUUAGAAUGAAGAGUUCAAAGUAUAAUAAUAUGAAGAAAUUAAUGAAAAUAAAAUAAUGUUACUAAUAAGACCUGGACACUAUAACAUUGGUAUUAGAGCUAAUGCCUGA